GUAAUAAGCAUACCUGUUCUAGUGAAUUUGUUUGUGCAUUUUAAAUUUGCAACUUCUGUUUGAAGGUUGACCUGGCCUCGAAGACAGCAUUAUGACAAUCUAAUGAUAAACCUACUUUUUAGGAGGCAGGUUCAAUAUGUCUUGUCAAAGUGGAGAAAUGGUACAAAAAUAAGAUUAUUUUAUUGAUCACACUACGAGCCAUCAAAGCCAUAAUGUCCAAUUCAGUUCAGACUUGACAGAUAUACUUCAUAAAGAGAGAUUGUAGGUGUACUAAAUUACCAACAUGCUGCUUUCUGCUUCUCUUCUCUCUAGACACUACAUGCUGGCAGCAACAUGCACCAAUCCAGGAGUGAGGAGUGAGGAGGGAGCAGCAGGCACAGGGAGCAGAGUCUUAGUGCCACCGCUGCAGCCUAUCCUCAGAAAGACGUGGGUGCUCGGCCUGAGCGUCUUCUACGUCUUCUGCAUCUCCAUCAUGGUGUUCCCUGCAGUUUCCUCAGGGAUCCAGUCUGUCCACAAAGACAGCGGCAGCCCCUGGACAACCACUUACUUUGCGCCAAUCACCAGUUUCCUCCUGUACAAUGUAGCAGACUUUUGUGGCAGGCAGGCCACAGCCUGGCUGCAGGUUCCUGGUCCCACCAGCCGAGUCCUGCCUACACUGGUGCUGUGUCGCUCUGUCAUGGUGCCACUUCUCAUGCUCUGUAACUACCAGCCGAGGGACCACCUCCACACUGUGCUUUUCACCCAUGAUGUGUACCCUGUGGUCUUUACCUGCCUGCUGGGCCUCUCUAACGGCUAUCUAGGGACUCUGCCAAUGAUAUAUGGCCCUAAGGUGGUACCUCGGGAACUGGCAGAGGCCACAGGAGUAGUCAUGUCCUUCUUCCUCACUCUGGGACUGGCUGUUGGGUCUGCUUUCUCUGUGCUUAUCGUGCACUGCAUCUGACCAGGCUGUUAAGCAAUAACCUAGUCGGGUUAUAGUCAAGCUAUACAACAGAGAGUAGCU